CAACACUGCACCACUGCCCUUGGUCGAAGUCACGCACAAGAUCAUGGCGGACGCAGAUGAGGAUACCAUACCGAGGGGCGCCGGCCUCAGCGGCGAAGACAUCGACCUCUCGGACGAAACGCAAGAUUUUCGAUUUUUGAGUUCAAUAUCCACAGGCGAUGCCAAAAUUCCCAAGCGCGGAGAAAAAGAUUUCGAACCUCAUGCCACGGCCCUCCAGACUAACAUUUUGGCGGCAUCACGGCAAGCCAUGCACAAUGCACUCGCAUUCGAAAGGACUCAUCAACCCAAAGGUCACACGAUCGCCACUUACCACCCAGAGACAAACAUGUGCUAUGCCAUCAACCCGAAAGGUCCGCUUUUCAUCAAGAUGGGCAGAGUCCUGCCAGCUCAUGAGGAUCCUCUUGGCGACGAUGAAUUACGCGGCGUACGAAUCUGGAUGUGGCCUGAAGAAGCACUCUACCUACUCGAGCGAGGCACGAUGGACAUCAGGUGGCCGAAAGCGGAGGGCGACGACGAUGAGGAUGAAUUUGGCCUGCCAAUGAGCGUACAAGCUGGCUAUGCAAUGUUUCUCGGGGAUGAGGAGAGCUACGAAGGUGCACUGACUUUCGAACGAUUCUCCGUAUACACAGGUCUCAAGCGAGCUGGCUACAUCGUCCUUCGAGCACCAUCUUGGAAAUCCACAGGCCCGCCAAUCGGAUCAGAGUGUUAUCCUCCUUCACCGAAACGAACCUGGCGAACAGGACUUCGCGACUCCAUUGCAGGACUCGCAUACAUUUUUGCGCAAAGCCCAGAAGCUGCUCUAAAGCAGCAACAUAACCGACAAGUCGAAGGACCCAUGGUGUCAAACGACCUCUAUCGAGACUACCACACCAUCUACCGCCGCCUGGCAAUCAUCAACUUCCACGAUCCAGCCACUUCACAAGCACCAGAAACACCCCACGACGCAACCACAGAUCCCAACUUCCGCAUCACCUACCACGUCUGGAAACCCGGAUCAGCACACUUCAAGAAGUCCAACCCCAUUGAUCCGGACUUCCGAAUCGCAGUCGUCAACGCUCGAGAGGUUGGUGCACCGACUCUUGACCAGCUGAGCGCAUUACUCGAGACGACUCCUUACGACCCUCCCAAGGACGAUGCGCAAAUGUAUACAAAGCUGAAGCAUGGUUACAAAAACGUCAUCUUGGCAGUUGUGGACCAAGGUGUGACGAGUUACUUGAGAUUGGCUGAUGCUGCUUUUGGGCGCGAAAAGAUUUACGAACGGACGCAGAGCGGUCGUGGAGGAAAGAGAGGUGAUCGUGGGGGCGGGAGAGGUGGUAGAGGAAGAGGUAGAGGUGGGCGGUGAGGUCGAGCGUCUUGACAGGCUUCCAAUUUUCUCGAACCCGCCAGCGCAUAGUGCGGGAGGCGUCGGGUGGUGUCUACU